CUGUGUUGUUAUCGAUGAACUAUCGCAUCUUUAGUUGUUUGUUGUUCAUGCCUGAUAACGAGAUCGACGAAACCGAUUGCUGCGGCAAUGGAUGCACCAACUGCAUUCUGGACAACGACAACAAGCCAAAGCCCAGCAAACUUGCAUUGCUGGCGGGAAAGCGCAAUGUUAUUUUGAGCUACACCAAUUUCCGGCUGAUAAGUAAUAAGACGCAUAACGGCGAUGCACAAAUACGACUGUUACACUUUGUCUACGCUGCUACGACUGAGGAUGAAGAUGGCGACGACGAUACUAUAUUGGACAUUCCGCCGGGUCAUCAUGUCAUGUUGCGCGCUCAGUUGACUGAUCAUGCGACGCCGCUGUUGCGCCCCUACUCACCCUAUUGGACAGACUUUGCUGGCAAAGAGUUCAAAAUUCUGGUCAAACUGCAGCCGGAUGGAGCCAUGUCCGGAUUCUUGUCAGCGUUGCAACCGUUGCAGGUGCUACAGUUUCGCGGUCCCAUUGGGAACUAUGUGCACGACACGAGCAGCGCUAAAUGUAUUGUCAUAAUAGCGCAGGGCGUGGCCAUUGCGCCCACGAUGCCACUAGUCUCCCAGGUGUUGGACAACGAGGAUGACAUAAAUCGCAUACGACAUCUGAUAUGUGCCCAGGACUUGCAGCACGUUUACUUUCGUGAACGCUUGCUAGAGUUUGCUCAGUACUGGAAUUACCACAGCUGUCUCUAUCUGACGCAUCAGGAAUGCACCUGUAGCUCUAACGGAAGAGAGCAUCCUUGUGAGCAUUUACGCAAGCAGCUGCGCUACAAGGAGGCAGCACACACUGGACGCCUCGAUGCCAAGCAGCUGGCUUCUCAAGUGUUGCCCCAAGAAGAAUCUAUCAUAGUCAUCGUAGCCGGACAUUCCAGUUUUCAGCGGCACAUGCGUGAAGUAGCAGUCAACGCUUUGAACGUAACGGACGAUAAUAUAUUUUUAUUGUAAAUAAAUAUUUGUUUUUAUAUGUAUAGUUUAUAUAAGAUGCCUUCUGAAUCUUGGCUAGUCCAAGUAAUGUGCUUAACUUUAAGGGACUUACGUUUGGAUUCUGCUUUUAGUUAAAAGUAUACUUCACAUUUAUAGAAAAGUGAAUUUGCUACAUUUGA